UUCGUACAUCCGGUCCCGGUCCUUUUGCGGCCCAAGCCAAGUGGGGAGUGCGUGCGUUUGAGUCGUGGCGUCAAUUUCGCCACAUUUAUCGCUUGGCAUCGCCGGCUGAUCAGAUCCUUUCUCGUAGAAAGUAAUUUCUAUUGAUUCACAAUGCCUCCUAAGUUCGAUCCCAAUGAAAUCAAGACCGUCUUCCUGAGAUGUGUCGGUGGUGAAGUUGGUGCCACAUCAUCCCUUGCCCCCAAGAUUGGUCCACUUGGUCUGUCCCCCAAGAAGGUUGGUGAUGACAUCGCCAAGGCUACUUCUGACUGGAAGGGUCUGAAGAUCACAGUAUGCCUUACCAUCCAGAACAGGCAGGCUGCUAUCUCUGUUGUACCCUCUGCUGCCUCCCUUAUCAUCAAGGCUCUUAAGGAGCCUCCCCGUGACAGGAAGAAGGUCAAGAACAUUAAGCACAGUGGUAAUAUCACCUUUGAGGAUGUUCUCGCUAUUUCCAAGACCAUGAGGCCCCGCUCCAUGUCAAGACAGCUCUCAGGAACAGUUAAGGAAGUUUUAGGAACCUGCCAGUCUGUCGGCUGCACCAUUGACGGAAAGGCACCUCAUGAUGUUAUUGAUGAAAUCAAUGCUGGAGAAAUCGAAGUCCCUGAGGAAUAAAUAGUCUCCGAGAGGCCUAUUUGUUUUAAUUAAAAAAAAUUAAAAAAUUA